AUUUUCCAUGCCGCACUCUUCUUUCAGGACCAUCGGCCGUGUUAAGUAUCCCCUUUUCGCGCAGUUAGAUUGUACUUGGAUAAGGAUGCGCAUUUCAACGAUUGAAAACAAGCCGCUCUGCAUGGCGUAUAUUACAUCCUUCUUUUAAAAAGAACGUGCACUACAUUCACUACAGAAAAUUCAAAUCGAAAUUCGUUACUAUUGUGAUUUCUUCGCAACCUCGCUUGAUACGAGCGAUGAACACGAUCCAUUUAUAUUUUUUUCCGUUUACAGCAACAGCUACAGUGACUGAAUCUGAAGGUAGAAGCCCUCGGAAUCUCAACGGGGAAGCGACUGCAGUCCCGACGAGCCCCCUCUAAUGACCGAACGAAGCCGUAACCGACCAGAGCGGGUUUACGGAACCCGCUGAGAAAAAAACACGAUGACAAGCGAAACUGCGACACCCCCGAGCCCCUGCGGGACCAGUAGUCCGCGGGAAGAUGAAGAACCGAUCUUAACGCCGGGGGACAAGAACUUUGUUCCUACGCGCCGACCCGGCGAAGAACCCGAGCGAAAAAAUAACGUGUUUUUCGUGUACGGCCCCAUGUUCGCAGGGAAGUCGUCGCUCUUGAUACAGUGCGCGCUGGCGCUGGAGGAGCAGCAGCGGCCGGUGUUGGUUAUCCGCCCCAGCGAAGACACCCGGUACGGGGACGACCGGUUGCGCGCACACCCGAAAAUUAAAGACCCGUCCUUUUUGAAGGCCCAGGCGCAGAUCUACCGAGAAAAGGCAUACAACGACAGACGGUUUGUGAACGGGAAGCUCGUGGUCGAUAAAGGUCGUGUCAGUGAAGGUAGUGAGCCCGAUUUUCUUGCCAAGGCAUUGCAGAACAUAACAACACCUCCGCCCAGGCGGACAGGAACCACGAGAGCAGAUUUGACGGGACUACCCAGUCUGGGGGAAGAAGCGCUUCGGUUGGCGGACCAGCACCGGCAGUCGCUGCCCUGUUUGCGGCUGUCCAAGCUGGAAGGCUUGGCGCAGCUGAUUCAGAAAGCAAGUAAAAACGGCGGUUCUAAUAUUCGUACAAGGCCGACAAGGUCAGGGCCGAAAGUUUUGUUUCCUCCUGCAUCGAAGAGGCGGAAAGUAGAUGAGACAGACCUUGGCGCCGGCGAAGAUUUUUAUCGCGACGGUCGAGCGGAAAGUCAACAACUGUCACCAGCACCUGUGGUGAACCGAACCGCGACACCUGUUGUCCUCUCAGGUGGAUGUUCACGAGAGGAUUUGGCAAGCGGCUUUAUUAACGUUUCUGGAAUAUUACCAAAUGGCGUCAGUUCUACUUUUAUCGAUGGGCAUGGGCCCGAGCCCGACCACGAAAUGUCUACGGACAUCAGAACAUCAAAGCCUGUCCUCUUGAUCGACGAGCUGCAUCUUUUUGAGGAUAGCCACAGCGAAGCCGGUAUUGCGCACCUGCUACGCGCCGCCGAACAGCACGCCCUUGCGAUCGUGGUGUUUGGUUUGGAGAUCGGGUUCACGGGCGCCAUGCCGUGCGCAAAACUGCUCAUGGAGGCGGAGCAUCAGGACGUGCAGUUUCUCCAUCUGCAGGGCGUCUGCCCGCACUGCAUCGCCUUCGAAAGAGCAGAAGUUGUAGUACCAGCGAGGUCUUCAAACAGUGGGAGUUCGGGUUUACUACCGGCGUCAGAUGGUUCAUUUCCUCAAGCAGGAGGAGGAGUAUCUUCAGGAACGACAAAUAGAAGCACGAACUGCUACACUGAGCAGAGAGAGGACAAGGACCAGAGCCAUACUAUGGAUGGUGGAGGAAGACACCACGAGCAUCAAAGCACCCCUUGUUCUAGACGAUCAACAACAUCUUCACCCCCCGCCCUGCCAACCACGAUCGCCAUUCCGACCCGGAAAUUUUCCUUCGAAGACCGGGUGGGCGGCGCGGAGAAGUACCGCAGUGUGUGUGAUGUGCACUACGCCCAGUACUUGGCAAGGAAGCUCCCAGGCGUGGACUAUCGGGAUCUUUUUCCGAAAGACAACCGCGCGGCAAUCCGGGACUGGCGGGUGAGGGAGAAAACCGACUGGCGCGAGCGUGAUCUCAGGUUCGAGUCGCAUUUGGUGGAAAAACUCCUGGCUUUGUGAUACAUAGAAAGAAGCGUUCUGGUCGUGCGCUGGAGUCGUGGCAAUUACUUUACUAAACCUCGUGGUGCGGAUGAAUCUACUUUUAGAGCUGCAGUUGGAACAAGAGCGUACAAGAACUAGCACGACGGGCUGUUUUUGUGCGAAGAUUUUAUCUUCAACAAGAAAAAGAACAUGAUGGUAGUCUCCUAGUAGUAGUUUCUCUGCGCAUGGCGAUGAGCAUGAUCAUGAUAAUGAACAAGAACAAAGAACCUCCCGCAAAGUCGAAGUCCUGCUAGGGCAAAUGAGAGAAAUAAUCGCGUGGAUCUGUGGAACGUCGAACCUAAAUUCAAAUUGCUUUCGUGGUCUCGGCGCUCUCUUCUCCGUGAAGAACUGAAAU